GGAUUGGUCGGGCUGCAAAAUCUGGGCAACACCUGCUUCCUGAAUGCAUGCAUACAGUGUCUCGCUGCUGUCCCGCCCUUCCGGGACUUCUUCCUCAGCAACCAUCACAUCUUUCGGCUCGACACGGGGAGCAGCAUGCGAGGGACGCUCGCUCUCUCGUUCGGAGAGCUGCUGCACAAGAUCUGGCAGGGCGAACCAUACUCCUCGGUCUCAGCAGCGAUCUUGAAGGACCGGGUUAGCAAGUUCGCCCCUCAGUUCACAGGGUGCAGGCAACAUGACAGUCAGGAAUUUCUUCGCUUCCUCCUCGACGGGCUCCACGAGGAUCUCAAGACAAGCGACAACGAUGAGAUGCGGCAGUUCAUGGAGGUCAGGAUGGCUCAUGACCAAGUCGCCUCCAAGUACAAUGAGUCCAUGCCGGCCAUGGAGAUGUAUUGCCUUGACAACCUGAGCUGCGUGACGGCAGCGUUUGGGGGGCAGCUAGUCAGCCAGAUCGAGUGCAGGACAUGCAGUCAUCAGUCCCGUUGCUACGAUCCCUUUCUGGACAUAUCGCUCCCCAUCCCCUCCCCCAGUCAGUUCAAGGAGGGGCAGGAGCAGGCGCAUCGACCCCGCUGUCACCUUACAGACUGUUUCAACUUGUUCACCGAGAAAGAAGUGCUUGAAGGAGAAAACAUGUACAGCUGCCCUAACUGCAACAGCAGAAGCUGUGCCACCAAGCAACUUAAGUUCGUCUCCCUCCCUCCUAUCCUCGUCUUGCACAUCAAGCGCUUCUCUUACACGGAAGUCUCCCGAGAGAAACUCGUCACAUCGCUUGAGUUCCCGAAGGCAGGGCUCGACUUGUCUCCUUUCGCAGUGGAGACAGGAUCAGGCGAGCGGGAAUACCCUCCUAUCUACGACCUGAAAUCUGUUGCGCUCCAUGUGGGAGGGAUGGCGGGGGGGCACUACCAUGCC